AUGCACCGAAAUAAAUUCCAGGAAUGUCUUACGGCAUUACACGCUGGUACUGUAGUUCCACAUAUACAGCACAAGGGUAUGCAGAGUGCUUGGGGAUCGCCUCUUGAGAGAGAUAUCGUUGAAGCAGUCGUUAAACUAUUGAAGGAAACUUCGGGCAAUCUCGAAGGAACCGAAAACGAGGGUAAACGUCCGAAAUGGUUAAGGCAACUGGAAGGGGGUCACAGUUUGGGUCGGGAUAUAGAUCGCAUGGCCGAUGAACGUCGAAUGCUGAGCAGAUUCGGUGUUUGGCUUAUGGCUACUCUUUGUCCGCCCGUUCCUGAAGCACGUCCGGUUAGAAAAGUCUUGUUGAAU